AUGGAGGGUGAGACARUUGGUAAGGUUAUCGAGACUUGUUUGCUUGGUUGGGGAUUAGAAAAAGUUCUUAGUGUGACUGUUGAUAAUGCAUUUGCCAAUGAUGUGGUUGUUGGUUAUGUAAAGAAAAGGAUUAAUGCAUGGAAAGGCUUGGUUCUUGAUGGUGAGUUCAUCCAUUUGGGAUGUGGUGCUCACAUACUAAAUUUGGUUGUGGGUGAUGGGUUGAAGAAGUUGCAUGACUUAAUCGUUGUCAUUUGUAAUAGUGUGAGAUACAUCCGAUCAUCUUCUUCAAGUUUACAUAAGUUUGAUGCUUGUGKUGAAAGGGGAAAGAUCACUUACAAGGGUGGGUUGGUCUUAGACGUGCCUACAAGAUGGAAUUCAACUUUUAUGAUGUUAGACGUGGCACUUGAAUUUGUAAAAGCUUUUGCAAGUUAUGAAGACGRAGACGAUAAGUAUUUGAGUCACUUUCUAAAAGAUGAGCAUGGGAAAAAGAGAGUYGGACCACCUAGGAGUAUUGAUUGGAAGUGUGCUUCAGCUUUUGUUAAAAUUCUCUCCACUUUUUAUGAAGGUACUUUAAAGUUUAGUGCCACUUUGCAUGUCACUUCUAACAACUUCUAUCAUCAGAUUURUGAGAUCCAUACACACUUGAAUUCUUUGAGUCAAAGUAAUGAUUCUAUAUUAUCUACUAUGGCCAAGAAGAUGAAGACUAAGUUUGAGAAAUAUUGGRGGGAUCCACAUAACAUCAAUCCGAUGUUGUUUUUCUCUGUUGUACUCGAUCCAAGGUAUAAGAUGAAAUAUUUGAAGUUUCUUUUUGAAUGCCUUUAUGGUAGUCAAAAUGUUGCCAAGGUUACUAUGAAGGUGGAACAAAACGUUAAAGUCUACAAUAUUGAGUUCGGAGGUGGUGAAUAA